AUGCCCAAUGUUCUGGUUGCACUUUCGCUGCUGCAGUACGCUUACGGCGUGCUGCUUAUCUAUCAGCUGCUGCAGCGCUUCAACCGUCGGCUCGCGAUAAGAGAGCAGACGCCGGAGAGUGAACUGGUACAGUGGAUCGCGCAGAGUGAAUCGUACUACCUGCAGCUCGCGUCCUGCAUUGAACACAUCGCGCAGUCUUUUGGGCCGCUCAUCGUCGUCAAUACGUUAGCAGUGAUUACUGUUAUCAGCUUGACGCUGCUAGAAAUUUAUCAGUAUCUGCAAAUCAACGACUCGAAACCGAUCUUCAUCAUCUACAACCUGAUUUGGAGCAGUAUGCUAUGUGUGUUGCUGGUGUUGCCUCUGUACCCAAAUCACUUAUUGAAACAAGAGCAAACACGUCUUGGCACACUGGUGUUCGAAGCAUUUCCUGAAGGCCACGAUUCGCAUGGCGAACGUCGCAUCACACGCUUUGGUAUGCUCACACUGAUCAAAAAGGACGUGUCUGUCACAGCUUGCGGUAUCUUUAAACUAGAUAUGUCCUUACUUUCGUCGAUAUUUGCCGCACUACUUUCGUUCGUCAUAAUACUGAUACAAUUCGAUAAAGCCAACCUAAAUAAGCACUUUGAUGCAGUCACAGUUGUCGAGGGUUUGUACAACUCGAAAUUUUAA